AAGAGCUAUGCAAUGCUCUUGGGUCUGUGGCUUGGAGGCUUUGUUCACUCUGUUAUUCAGGUGGCUGUCAUCCUACACUUGCCUUUCUGUGGCCCAAAUCGGCUAGAUAACUUCUUCUGUGAUGUCUCACAGGUCAUCAAAUUGGCCUGCACUGGCAUCUUUUGGGUGGAGCUUCUGAUGGUCUUCAACAGUGGCCUGAUGACACUUCUGUGCUUCCUGGGGCUUCUGUCCUCCUAUGCAGUUAUCCUUUGCCAUGUUCGUAGGUCAGCUUCAGAAGGGAAGAACAAAGCCAUGUCCACAUGCACCACUCACAUCAUUAUUAUAUUUCUUAUGUUUGGGCCUGCUAUCUUCAUCUACACUCGCCCCUUCAAGACCUUACCAGCUGACAAGAUAGUAUCUUUCUUCCACACAGUGAUCUUUCCAUUGAUGAAUCCUGUGAUUUAUACCCUUCGAAAUCAGGAAGUAAAAACUUCCAUGAAGCGAUUAUUGAGUCGCUAUGUGGUCUGUGGGAUCGAUUUUAUAAUGAGAAAUUGAGAAGAAAGAGUUCUGGCACAAAUUCAUUAAAUCAUUUAACAAAUACUGUUUUUCACUGAUAACACCUAUUUGUCAGGCACUUUAUAGGCAAUUAAGAGUAGUUAUGCAUA